AAUACGGAUGGGGAAACAUAAUGCCGCACUCACCCCGCCGUUCCCGGAGCAACAGGGAAAAUGGCAGCCCUCACCACCCUCACUCAGCUGUCGAGUGGGAACCCAGUGUAUGAAAAUUUUUACAGACAGGUGGAUCCAGGAAACACAGGGAGGGUCGGACCUACAGAGGCUGCUUUGUUUCUGAAGAAGUCAGGCCUGCCGGAUAUCACUCUGGGAAAGAUCUGGGACCUCGCUGAUCCAGAUGGAAAAGGUUUCCUGGACAAGCAGGGAUUUUAUGUCGCUUUGCGGCUCGUGGCCUGCGCACAGAGCGGUCAGGAUGUCUCUCUUGCAAGUUUAAACCUCACUGUCCCUCCUCCUAAAUUUAAGGAUCCUAGUAGCCCGUCAUUAAGUGGUGCUUCAUCAAUGGACAGCCACUGGGCCGUUAGACCUGAAGAGAAAAGCAAGUUUGAUGGUAUUUUUGACAGUCUUGUGCCAGUAAACGGGUUACUCUCCGGAGAAAAGGUCAAGCCAGUUCUUAUGAACUCAAAGCUGCCAGUGGAUGUGCUAGGAAAGGUUUGGGAUUUGAGUGAUAUAGAUAAAGAUGGGCAUCUGGACAAGGACGAGUUUGCAGUGGCCAUGCACCUGGUGUACCGCGCCCUGGAGAAGGAGCCUGUUCCCUCUGUUCUGCCCUCCUCCCUCAUCCCUCCAUCCAAACGCAAGAAGUCUGUGGGCUCCUUAUCCAGCAUGGCACCUGUGAUGCCAGGAAGCCCACCUCCUCCUAAAGACAGCCUGCGAUCCACACCAUCACACGGCAGCAUGAACUCCCUGAACAGCGCCGGGAGUCUGUCACCUAAACACACACUCAAAUCCACACAGCACUCUGUGAACUGGGUGGUGCCAGCGGCAGACAGAGGACGCUACGAUGACAUCUUCCUCAAAACGGAUGCCGACCUUGACGGCUUUGUCAGUGGCCAAGAAGUGAAAGAGAUCUUCAUGCAGUCUGGCCUUCCGCAGAACAUUCUGGCACAUAUAUGGGCUUUGUCAGACACACGGCAGAUUGGCAAGCUGACCCGAGAGCAGUUUGCUCUGGCCAUGUACUUCAUUCAGCAGAAAGUGAGCAAAGGAGUGGAUCCUCCUCAGGCUCUGACCCCGGACAUGAUCCCUCCGUCUGAGAGAGGAACCCCCAAUAUGUCAGGGUACAUGACGCCCGUGGGAUCAGAAAUGGUAGCCCUGACCGAAAUGCGCAGAGACAGCUCCAGCUCUGUGGGGUCUGGUGAAUUUACAGGAAUCAAAGAGCUGGAUGAUCUGAGUCAGGAGAUUGCUCAGCUGCAGAGGGAGAAAUACACACUGGAGCAAGACAUCAGGGAGGCAGAGGAAGCCAUCAGACACAAAACUACUGAGGUUCAGGAAAUGCAGAAUGAUCUGGACCGAGAGACGUGCAGUCUGCAGGAGCUGGAGGCCCAGAAGCAGGACGCUCAGGACCGACUGGAUGAGAUGGACCAGCAGAAGGCCAAGCUGGAGGACAUGCUCAAUGAAGUACGACAGAAGUGCCAAGAGGAGUCCCAAAUGAUCUCGUCACUCCAGAGUCAGAUCCAUUCUCAGGAGUCGGACCUGCUGAACCAGGAGGAGGAGCUGAGUCGGGCUAAAGCGGACCUGAACCGGCUACAGCAGGAGGAGAGCCAGCUGGAGCAGAGCCUGCAGGCCGGCAAGAUCCAGCUCGAGACCAUCAUCAAGUCCCUGAAGGCCACGCAGGACGAGAUCAACCAGGCUCGCAGCAAGCUCUCUCAGAUCCAGGACAAUCAGCAUGAGAUAAGUAAAAGCAUUGAGCAGUACAGCAGCGCUCUGAACGGCACACAUGGAGGCAGCAUGACUAACCUGGCCGACAUGAGCGAGGGGUUCCCCGACAAGGAGAACGGGGGCUUCGGGGUCAUGGACGACCCGUUUAAAGUGAAGACGAAUGUGUUCAGCACAAACUCUCAGGAGAUGCACACUGACCCUUUUCAGUCGGAAGACCCUUUCAAAUCCGACCCUUUUAAAGGUGAUCCCUUCCAGAAUGAUCCUUUUGCCAAGCAGCCUCCCACAGCAACAGAUCCAUUCGGCGGAGAUCCGUUUAAAGAGACAGACCCGUUCAAGACCACUUCAGAAGACUUCUUUAAGAGGCCGGCCAAGGCUGAUCCCUUCACCAGCUCGGACCCUUUCAGUAAAAGUGCUACUCUUCCAGUAAAGUCUCAUCACUUCUCAAGCAGCGACCCCUUCGCUUCCACCAGCCCCAAACACAAAGGCUCAGACCCCUUUGGGACUCUGGACCCUUUUGGAAGCAGCUCUUUUGGCAGCAACAGUGGCUUUGCUGAUUUCAGUCAGAUGUCAAAGCAGAGCUUCACCGACGACCCCUUCAACCAAAACCAGGACACUCCAGCUCUCCCGCCCAAGAAGACCAUACCGCCUCGGCCCAAGCCUCCCAGCGGUAAAAGCACUCCAACUAACCUAUCCGGAUCUGUGGAUUCAGCCAAGUCGAGCGAUCCCUUCCAGCCCUUCGGCUCUGAUGCCAACGACCCGUUUCAGAGUAAAAAGGGGCUCGGGGACCCGUUUAGUGGCAAAGAUCCGUUUGCUCCAUCUGCUUCAAGUAAAGCCACUAAAGAUUCUUCCUUGGGUUUUGCAGACUUCAGCUCUUUUGGGAAUGAGGCGCAGCAGAUGGAGUGGGCCAAGCGCGAGAGCGAGCGAGCUGAGCGUGAGAGGUUGAAGAGACUCAGGCAGCAGGAGCAGGAGGACCUGGAACUAGCCAUUGCGCUCAGCAAAGCUGAGAUGAACAACACCUGAAUGCCGGCUCCUCCCUCUCACACACCAUCUUUACACCACUGCAGCAAAGGAAAGUGUGUGUGAGUGUGUGUGUGAGAGAGAGAGAGAGAGAGAGAGAGAGAGAGAGCGAUGGAGAACGAGUGAGAGAAAACGUUUUUAGUGUCUUAAAUUUAUUUUAAUGUAACGAUGGGGCAACCCACGUGUUAUGUGAAUGGGCUCGUUCAUUCUACAUGCACUGAGUUAACCUGCACUACUCUGACACAUAGUUUAUUUAAGGUGUGUGUGUGUGUGUGUGUGUGUGAGAGAGAGAGAGAGAGAGUGAGAGAGAGAGAGAGAGAGAGAGAGAGAGAGAAUCUGUGAACAGGGCCAUCCAUAGUGAUUUUAAUCAGGAAAAAUAAAAUUCACGCACGUUCCCACUUUAGCCCAAAGACAUGUUUGGUGUCUCUUGUUUGCAUCUUUAGGUUUUUUUUGUGUGUGUUUGUGUAAUAGACACUUAUAUCACUAAAAAUCUUUUGUGUAAAUAUUGUCCACAUCGUGGCCUUCAGUGAGGUCACACAGAGGUGCUGAUGUGGUUUGGGACAUUUGGGAACAUCUGAAAGUUUUUCUUUGGCAUAGUUUGGAAUCAUUUUGCUCCCUUGGAUUUUCCUGAUGGGGCAAACGAUUUUCUGUUGCGGCACUCAGGAGCGAGACGUCUCUCUUACCAAUUCAAUUCUAUUUUAUCUGUAUAGCGCUUUUAACAGUGGACAUUGUCACAAAGCAGCUUUACAGAAAUAUAUAAAUUCCGAAUAAAUUUGAAAUUUAUAAAUUUAUCCCUAAUGAGCAAGCGUCAGAGGUGACGGUGGCAAGGGGAAAAAAAACUCCCUGAGACGACAUGAGGAAGAAAUCUUGAGAGGAACCAGACACAAAAGGGAACCCAUCCUCAUCUGGGUGACAGCUGAUAGUGCGAUUAUAAAUAAUAUCCCUUCUAUAACUGCGUCCUAUACACUCCUGGGCAAAAAAAAAAGAGCCAAGCUCCAAAUGGCAAAAUAUUAAGCUUUUAAUCGUCUUACCAACAAAUCAUUGGUCAGGAAAUUAGCAAGAAUUAAACAGAUAGAUAACGGAAGUUAGUAUGAGAGCUUUUCCCUUUGGUUUCUUUAAAUGUUGAAGCCCUGUGCUCCUUGAUGGGCUGCAUCAGGUGUGACAGAUACCCAAGUAAUGACUAAUCUUUUAAGAAAAAAAAACAUCCCAGAAGAUAUUUUUGGGACAUUUUGUACACUCAGACACGUGUUAGUUUGAAUUUUACAUCAAACAUUUUAAUCAUUAUCAUGAUUUUACCUUUGCAUACAAGAAGACUAUAUACUUGAGUUUCUAGCUUUUCUCCAAACAGUUACUGCAGCAAAAGUAAACGAGCAAAUGGCAGCACAGGAGAUCUCAGGAGUGCUUUUGUUUAAUUCUUGCUCAUUUUCUGACUAAUGAUUUGUUGUUAAGACCAUGAAAAGCUUAAUAUUUGCCAUUAUGGGCUUGGGCCUUUUUUUUUUUGCCUGGGAGUGUAUAGUCAAAUUUACCAAAUGGCCAAUCCCUUUCAGCCUUUUGGUUAACCUUAUAUAAAAAAGACAGAAGCAAACAUCAGACACCAAUCAUUUCUGGACUAAAUCUGGGGUAAAGAGGAAAAUAUUUGAUAUGAGACCAUUCUUUAAAUUCUGUAACUCACAUUCUGAAGAAAAAUGCUAAAAUGAGAAUACUCAUGAUUUCUUACGUCUGUAGUUGGUUCUCUUAAUCAAUUUCCCUGUCACAGGCUCUGAGCUGAACUGCGUGGUACGUGACCGGGGUGUAGUAUAUCGUAUAAAAAGGAUUUGCGGAAUCAUAAUAAGCGCUGCUCUUGCCAAGUGUGAAAGACUGAGAAGUAAAUGUACAAAUCAUUUCCUUUUAUGUUCCGUACUGUUUCUGUGUCUGUCUGAUGUGCAGAGAUGAGUCAUGCAGGUUAGACCUGAUUUGAUGCUUUCUUCACUCAGAGAGCAGUGCUGUAUUGUAGGUCUGGCACGUGCACACACACACACACACACACACACAGAGCUCCCAUCCCUGCGCAGGUUCGAAUUUUCUUUGCCAGUUCAGCUCUGCAACUUGUUAGCAGAGUCUUCAUGAGCUCAUGAUGUGUAAAACUUGAACCUGCACAGGACUUCAGGAGUGAAGAGGAGAGGCUGUGAAAUAAUCCGCUCAUGUCGUUUUCAUUUUGUUUUAAUUUGCUGUCGAUCACUGACACGCCUAGCGUUUUUCCAAAUUAAAGCUUAUUUGUUCUUCAUAAGCACAAUCCACUAAAGAUGGUGAAAUGUUGUAAUGAUAUUAGUCCUGAUCAUCUUCCAGACUGUGAUUAGAAACAUGAACAAAUUCUUCUAACUUUGCCAUUUCCCUGCUUUACCCUUUCAGUAUUAAUCAAGACGUUUCCUGAGUUCUUUUACUAAAACUUUCCUGUAUUUUACUUGAACCGUAUGCUGUCUGCCAUGUUUAAACCUGUGGUUUUAAUAUUUUGAGUUGUUGAAGUGAAUUUGUUCUUGUUCAAACUUUCUCCCCAUGGACACAUGGACUUUAUAGACUUCCUCGAGCUGAGAACAUUAACUGUUCACCCGUCAGCUGCAGUCCUCUGUGUGAGUAAAUUAACUCGGUUCAGGGACUACCAGAGUUCGAGUAAAGGUGCCACUGAUAUUCAGUGUGCUGUUUAGAAUCACCUGCUAACUGUAACGUAGCCUACUGAAGGACAAAUAUUUUUGGUUUGCUCCUGUAAUACUCCUUCAUCGAUCAGUGUGAUGUUUUUUCCCCCUUUCCCCUCUUCUUGUGAGUAGGCAUGUGCAGAAAAUCCAUAAUGUUAUACAAAAGGUAAGGAAUAAAACACUUGGAUUUAGAAAAAUAAUCAACAGUCAGGUGGUGUGAUGCAAAGUCCUAUAACAGCACACCUUUAAGGUUUUUUUCGUUUGUAAUUGUUUGCCAACAAUUAUAAUUUUUAUUUAUUGAAGAAUGGCAUGUUGUACUUUUUAUCCAUUUAGAGUUAUUUAAUGUUGUGGUACAUCCAUAAAACAUGUUCCUGUUGUCACUUACUUUUUUAUAAACAGUCAUUCCCUAACCCUUUCCCUUUCUCUUAAAGAAACCUCAGAACAUAAACUCUUCUAUCUUGAGGAUUUGUUGGAAAAGUUACAGCUUUACCAGUGACCGUUACAAAAUUUUGACACUGGAGACUCUUUCCAUAGACAUCUCCUUACAGAAAAGUUCAUAACAAUGGUUACAUACGUUUUUAGGAGCAUCAACCCUGUCUAAGUUGUUACUAUAGAAACAAUAAUGUAUUAGAAUGAUCACAUUGAUAUAAAACUGUGAUUUGCAGCUGCACUACUGUUAGAGCUGCUGUUAGAGAAAAUUCAUCAACAUUUUCUGAUCAGUCAGAAUCCAGAAUUCAAGGUUAGACGGCUCCAACAUCAGCACAUGCCUACUCAGAAGCAGCAACGUCACACUUACUUUAGCAUUAAUUUAACAGUGUUACUGUAUUCGUCUGGAGUGACUGUUUUUCUAAAUCCAGAUGACCCUCCUCUGAAAAUAUUUUAAACUCUAUUGUUAAAUUUUAUUUCUGUACAGAAAGAUGUAGGGUUCUGUUAAUAGUUUACAUCGUCUUAAACUCUUAUUCAGUGUGGCUGCAUUUUUUUUUUGGUUUUUUUUGGUUAGUUUUUGUAUUUUCUUUUUUCUCUCUCUCUCUCUCUCUCUCUCUCUCUCUUUUUUUUUGGGAGCUAAAUAACAUGAAGCCUCACAUUUCAUUAGAUGCUCACUUGUGCUGUAUUCAUCUCCGUUACCUCCAUUGUGCAAUAGUUUGUAUAUUUUUAUUUGUGUACUGAAAUACCUGUAAACUCAUUUUAACUCUUUUAUUUCUUUAUGAAAAUGUGAGUGUUUUAAAUGCCUGGUCAUGUCAAAGCAAACGAUCCACCGAUCAUGCGCUGGUUGCGCUCUUUUCGGCCUGCCUUAUUCCCUCGCCUCUAGACGACGAACAAACCAAAUUAUUAAUCACCAUACUGAAAUGCAUUUAAAAAACAUAAGUACAUAAUGUAUAUUACAUGUUAUAUUUGUCUUAUAAAAAACAAAUAACUCCAAAUGUGUAACUGGAAGCAUUUAAAAAGAUUUCAGAAAUUAAUAGUCACUAGAAAAGCUUGGGUUUAUUUGAAGAUGCCAAUGCUUGCUAUGUGGUCCUUUGUUUCACAGAAUAAAAUAUACACCAUUUCAGAUACAUAA